AUGUUGUUAUUAGCUUUUUAUUUUCUUUUGCCUACUUUGAGUAAUGUUGAAUCUACUGGAAUUCUUUAUCCUCGAGCUUCUGAAAGUCGAGAAUUGGUUAGUUUGGACGGUUUAUGGAACUUUGCCUUAGCCAAUUUUACUGAUCAUGUUAAAAAUUGGCAAGAGGUCAAUUUUAAAGGGCACAAAAUGCCGGUACCCUCCAGUUAUAACGAUGUGGGUACCGAUGCAAAUCUUAGAGAUCAUGUUGGACUUGCUUGGUACCAAAAAAAAUUUUUUGUACCAAAAUCAUGGAAUGAACGCAAAGUUUGGAUUCGGUUUUCUUCUGUGUGCAGAGGAGCAAAAGUUUGGAUUAAUGAUAAAUUGGUGGCAAGUCACGAUAUUGGUCAUUUGCCUUUCCAAGCUGAAAUUUCUUCAGUUCUUAAAUUUGAAAGUGAAAACAUUGUCUUGGUCAGUGUUGACAACACAUUGGUAGCGACUAGUAUUCCGCAAGGAACUUUAGAAACACUUUCAAGUGGUCGUAUCAAGCAAAGUUAUACUUUUGAUUUUUUUAAUUAUGCCGGAAUUGACCGUCCUGUGGUCCUUUAUACCACCCCAAKAACCUACAUUGARGARAUAACAGUCACAACAGACAUUGAUGGUGCUAAUGGUUUUGUCAAUUAUUCGGUUGUGGUCCAAGGUUCGGAUAAAGUCACCACAAAAGUGUCUCUCUUUGACAAAAAGGGCAACGAAGUCGUCUCAGAUACAGUCCUAAAUGGCACUCUAUUCGUCCAAAAUGCCACUUUUUGGUGGCCUUACUUAAUGGACCCCAACCCCGGCUAUUUGUACUCGCUUCAAGUCCAAAUUUUGGACACUUCUGGCAAUUUGGUCGAUAAAUAUGUACUACCAGUCGGGAUUCGUGUCYUUUCUUGGGACUCCAAAAGUGUGAAAAUCAACAACAAACCGAUGUAUUUGCGUGGUUUUGGCCGUCAUGAAGACUCAGAUAUAAGAGGAAAAGGCCUAGAUUUGCCUCUAAUUAUCAGGGAUUACAACUUGAUUAAAUGGAURGGAGCAAAUGCUUAUCGAACAUCGCAUUAUCCAUACGCUGAAGAAAUUAUGGAUCUUGCUGAUGAGUUAGGAAUUAUGAUUAUUGACGAAAGUCCAGCUGUAAAUACUGAAGAUUACUCAGAAGAAUUGCUAACAAAUCAUAAAAAAUCACUAACUGAAUUAAUACAAAGAGACAAAAAUAGACCAGCUGUGAUAAUUUGGUCGGCUUCAAACGAACCUAGGACGCAAUUUAAUGAAUCAGAAGCCUACUACAAGGAGGUAACAGCUCAUAUUAAGAGUUUGGACACCACACGACCAGUAACUGUUGUCAAUUUCCAACUACCAGACGAUGAUCAUUCUGGCCAAUUUCUGGAUAUAGCGUCCUGUAAUUUGUAUUAUGGAUGGUACUUUAAUACGAAUGAUUUUGACGUAGCAAUGCCUCAAGUAUUAAAAAUUGCAAGACGCUGGAACGAACUGCAUAAUAUUCCAGUCAUAAUAACAGAAUAUGGGGCAGAUACUUUGGAAAGUUUACAUUCUCUACCUUCAGUCAUGUGGUCAGAAGAAUUCCAAAAAGAACUUCUCAGUAAAUACUUCCAAGCCUUUGACCAAUUGAGAAAAGAAGAUUUCUUGAUUGGUGAAAUGAUUUGGAAUUUUGCCGAUUUUAGUACAGAUCAAACAUUUAUCCGAGUCGGUGGAAAUAAAAAAGGGAUUUUUACUCGAAACCGACAACCUAAAGCAAGCGCUUAUUUGUUGAGAAGACGGUAUUGGGCCUUGGCUCAAAUUUUAGAUAACGCUGAUGUUCCUGAAGACUUGAAUGAAUAUGUUGUCGAUGAUGAUAAAACUAAAGAAGAGCUGUAGAUUGUAAAAACUCUUGAUUAACAAAUUUUCUGCACACAAAAUUUUAAA